AUGACAGGUCAUUUGAGCCACGACGAGUUCUUCGGCGAGCUAGCCAAACUCUUCGAGCAGCGUAGGGGCAAGGGAAAGGGCUCUGUCUUCCUUGUCCAGAAGAGAUUAUCCUACAACCAAGAUGUUACUUCCCCAACAGCUACAGACCCGUUCCCUGACCUCCAUCCUGCGAAGCCGCUACCCAUUCUCGUUCGUGCUACCAACGGAAAGUCGAAGAAGAACAGGGCUUCUAAGACGAAGCUUUCCACUGUUGUCGAGGUAGAUGUUCUGGACGGCUUCUUCACACGCUACGCCGAUAUCUGCAAAGCUGGCAUGUCGGCUUUGAAGCCCAGAGAUAGGAGCAAGAAGAAGGCCAAAGCCCGGAAGAAGAAGGGGACAGCCACAGCAACCACUUCAACCUGA